AUGCAUCAAGCAUCUACACGUUUAAUGCGGAUGACAACGGAUGGCCGUCCUUUUACACAAGACUAUAAAGACUUGUUUUCUACACUCAUUGUUAGUCUUCCUCUCAGUACUCACAGGACGCAUUUUCGUUCACAUUCAUUUUCUUUUACAACAGAAGAAGCGUUAAUUAACCUUCGAUAUUUAAAGCUGACUCAUUCAGCACGAUCACCGGAUGCUAAGGAUCCAUCAAAAAUUGUGGUUACUACAAGCACUACGACAUUUAGUAUGGCGCCUGAUGUAGCAAAAUCACUAUGUCAAUGGUUUAUUCUUUCCCAUUUUAUCGAAUCAGUUAGUGAAAAAAAUCUUACAAUAUUUAAAGAUAAAGCUAUUUGGAAAUUGACACCGAAAGGUAUCACUAUUUUGUCGCGGUUUGUUAAGCGUAAUGGCGUUGAUAUAAGCAUUGUUAAUGAUCUUCUUGCUUCGCGAUAUAAUACAAUGCAAUUAGUGAUUAUUGAACGUGAUGCUAAAACUGAUAUGAUACUACAAGAUCCCUUUAUGACUGAAGUUAUAUUUCGUUAUUUUAUUGGAUCGAAACCGAAUUUUGUUUCUUCAAAUAUAUCAGAUUCUGCUGAUGACUAUAUUGAUGGUUGUGUUGGUGUUCGUAUUAUUGAACAAAAAUAUCUCGAGUCUUCUAAGUAUUGUUUUAAUGGGCUAAGUGCGUUUUUAUGGCUUAUGAGAUGUUGUACAACCAUGACGUAUGGAGAAGCAAUUGAUAUUGCUACUAUUUUUGUUAAUUAUAACUUAAUUGUCCGCGAAAAUACUGAUUUACUUUCCAAGAGCGAUAAUUUCAAAUUUAGUUCAUCCAAAAAUGAUAUUUAUAUGCUUACAGAGAAGGGGCUUUCAAUAUCAGGCUGGAAUAAUCUUGAUACUUCACUGAAUGCGCCAUCUUCUAAACAAAAAUUCUUUUCUAUCGGAAACGGUCGUAAAAAACAAUCUAAUACUAAAAACGUUCAAUUUCGUGCAUUGCAAAAGGUCGAUGCUAAUUCUUCAAUUCUUCAAAAAGAAAAUCUUUAUGAUGCUGCUGCAAAUCUUUUAAAUAAUGAAACAAAUCACAAACGUCUUUUUACUAUUUUAAAAGAUCCUGCAUUGCGUUUUCAGUUUCGGGUAUUUUUACAGGAAAAUUACUGUGAGGAAAAUCUUUCUUUCUAUCUAGAGUCUAUCGAAUUUUUUCAACUUGCUGAACAUGCUACGAAUUCAGUAUCUAUUCAUGAAGCUUUAACAAAAGCCUAUGAAAUGUAUAAUGCUUUUCUUGUAGAGGGAUCGCCUUGUGAACUUAACCUUGAUUAUAUAUUAAGGCAAAGUUUAGCAGAUUUUAUGACAACAAUUAUAUUAAGUGAUGAGGAGACUAUGAAAAAGACCUUGGAUUCUGUUGUUGAUCUUUUUAGUAAAGCACAAAAACAAAUAUUUAGACUUAUGGCAAGAGAUUCUGUCCCGAAAUUCCUUCAGUCUGCUACUCAGCCAAAAAAUAAUAAUCAGCCUCAAAAAAUAACGAGACCAUCUUUAUCAACUCAUCCUAUACCGCAAAUAUCAUGA